UUACGUAAAUGGAAAUUUGAAAUCCUAUCCAACUCAGAAGAUCAUAUUGGAGCUGUUAAGGAAGUUAUAGCUACGAUAUCAGGUAAAGGAGUAUUCGGUAAUAUGAAAUUUGAAUCAGGGGUUCACAGAGUACAAAGAAUUCCUAUAACAGAGAAAGCUGGUCGAGUGCACACAAGCACAAUUACAGUUGCAAUAUUACCAGUUCCAUCUGAGACGGAUGUAAAAUUUAAAGAUUCGGAUUUGCGCACAGAUUAUUAUAGGUCAAGUGGUAAAGGAGGACAACAUGUCAAUACAACGUCUAGUGCUGUUAGAAUAACUCAUAUUCCAAGUGGUCUUGUAGUGGCUAUACAAGACGAAAGAUCUCAACCAAAAAAUAAAGCGAAGGCAUUACAAAUUCUGCAAGCAAGAUUAUAUGAUAUGGAACGAAAAAAAUUACAACAAGAAAGAAGAGAAAAUAGAAGAAAACAGGUUGGAUCCG